AUGAAACCGGCGCAAGACAUGAAUGCAGAUGAAGUGUUCCUCAAACAAGCGGCAGAAGCUAUAGUGGUAACCUCAUCGAGCUCCACCAGUUCGGACCCCAUAAUACAGGAACUAUUACAGAGGAUCCGACGGUCCAGCCCACUGAAUUCUGUCAUACAAGAGAAUGGUUCGAACGUUGAAGCGACAGAAAAUAUGGCCAAGGGACUCAUAAGAGACUCAGAAGCGCAGACAAAAAAUUUUGGAAGCAGUGAACAACACAGAGAAGGCAUGCAGCUUUAUAGCUGUGCGAAAUGUCAGCUAAAGUUCAGCAGAAGUUCGGACUUGAGAAGGCAUGAGAAAGUGCAUUCGCUGGUACUGCCGCAUAUCUGUUCAAAUUGUGGCAAAGGGUUCGCCAGAAAAGAUGCUCUAAAAAGGCAUUCCAAUACAUUGACCUGUCAAAGAAACAGAAAGAAACUGUGUGAAGGCUCAGAUGUCGAUGUCGAUGAACUCAUUAAGGAUGCGAUAAAGAACGGUACAGGCCUACUGUGA